CUUUCUACUCAGCACUUCUCUCUCUCUCUCUCUCUCUCUCUCUCUCUCUCUCUCUCUCUCUCUCUCGCUCCCUGAGUCCUUCUGAUGGCUUCUUCCAAGGACGGUAUUCGAGGUUCAUUUGGAUCAAAAAGGUCUCGCAACGAUGCUUCGCGUAAAGAUGGAGACUGGACCUGCCCUAAUUGUGGGAACUUAAACUUUUCUUUUAGAACUGUUUGCAAUCGGGGACAUUGUGGUGCUCCAAGACCAUCCGUAAUUCCACCUGCCCAAGUUACAAGCCCGUAUGGCAAUAGUCAUCCCCACUUCUACUAUGGAGGUGUUGGGGUUCCUCCUCCACCAUAUGGUGUGUCAAGCAGGUUUGGAUCCCCCAUGCCACAUUCUGGUGUACAGUAUGAUUAUGGUCUUUAUACUAGGCCUCGUGUACCGUAUAGUCCAGUACCCUCAUUCCCACCUGGAAGCUUUGGAGGUGUUACUUAUAGCCCAAGGCCUAGAAUCAAUCCCUAUGGAUAUGGUUUUCAAAGUCCUCCAUGGGACACGGGAUUAGUAGUAGAUAAUUUUGCAUCUCGGAAACGUCGUGGAGGGCCAGAUGGUUUAUCUGAAGGGGACUGGAUCUGUCCAAAAUGUGAGAAUGUUAACUUUGCCUUCAGAACUACUUGCAACAUGAAACACUGUGGAGCUGCCAGACCUAGCUCAAGCCAACCAAAUACAGGUAUUCCUGAAGGUAGUUGGACUUGUGGAAAAUGUGGGAACCUUAACUAUCCAUUUCGAAAUGUGUGCAACCGAAAAGACUGUGGAAGUGAGAAAACAGCCUCUGCCAAUUAGCAUCACAGCAUUGUGUAUAUAUAUAUAUACAUCUUUGGUCCCUCUGUGUAAAGGGAAAAGUUUUUGCUUAGAAGCAGGGAACUAGAUAUCUGUGAAUUCUAGGGGAAGAGUUUCCAUGCGGAUAAUUUUGGCCUGGUUGUUGAUGACAAUUUAUUUUUGUAUUUUGAUGAUACUUUAUAUGAAAAAGUUACUGAGAAAUAAGCUGAAUGGGAUCAUCAGACAUUUGGAUUUUUAUGGCAAUCAUUGC